AUGCCACGAUUGACACCAUCCACAGAGUUCUUGAAUCAACAGCCAACACCUCUUCACUUGCCACACUUGUCAUCAUCAUUAUCAACGGCAACAACAGUGAACAACAAGCAAGGAAUCUUCAACUUUACAAACCAUGAACGAAUGAAACAAGUGGUCGAGCUUGAUUUCUCCCGAACCAAUCUAACAUGUUCUCAAAUUCAAUUCAUAACUUGUUCUCCAAAUAUUAAAAAGUUACGGAAAUUAUUACUCUGCAACAAUAAUUGCAAAGAUAUUCAAUUCAUCACAGCAAGCGAACACUUUCUCCAUCUUCAAUAUUUAGAUUUGAAAUCCAAUUCAAUAGGAAAUAAUGGAGCUAAAUUGAUAUUCACCAGUCAAACGUUACAGAGUUUAACCUAUCUCGAUUUAUCCAUGAAUCAUUUGAAUGACGAGAUUGCAAACUCUCUAGGAACGAGUGUACAUGCUGUAAAACACCUAAAAACUCUCUCGCUUGCACAAAAUAGCAUUGGCGUUGAUGUUGCGAGGGCAAUUUCCAUGAAUGAACAUUUAAAGAAUUUAACACAUCUCAAUUUGGGAGGUAAUUGUGAUAUUGGACCAAUGGGAACCAAACUGUUGUGUGAAUGCCAACAUUUACAACAGCUCAUCGAAUUGAAUUUACAUAACUGUUACAUUGGAAAACGAGGCGUUGAAUCCAUUUCGAGUAGUUCAUUUCUCAAGAAUUUAGAAUCUCUCAAUAUCUUUCACAAUUCUCUUUCCAAUGAAGAUGUACAACCACUUGCAACGAGUAAGAAUUUCACUCGCUUGAAAAAGCUCUACCUUGAUUAUAAUGACAUGAACUCGGAAGGGUUAAAUGCAGUGUUUCUCAACCCCAGAGAGACAUUUAACAAUUUAUGGAAAUUAUCACUCGAUGGAGUUACAAUCGAUUCUGAAAGCGUUCAAAAGAUUGAACAAUUUGAACAUUUAAAAACAUUGGACGUUUAUGGCUUCAAUUCGGAACAAGUGGCCCAUUUACUUGCAUUGAAAAUUCUUCCCAGACUCCUCAAAUUGAAUAUCUAUUGGAGUAUGUAUGGACACGAUUGUAUUAAGGCUCUGAUUUUUUCAAUCCAUUACACGAAAUGUCAUUUGACAAGUCUGCGAUUUGACAAUAGCAACAUUGCUGAUGAAGGCGUCAAAUUAAUUGCCAAAUGUCAAGCGUUCUCCCAUCUAAAGAGACUUCGGCUAAACAACAAUGGUAUUACCAACACUGGAGCCAAAUACAUUUCUAAAGGUCGUUUCCUUAAAAACCUGACCUUUUUAAGCCUUAAACGAAACGAUAUUGGAAUUCAAGGUCUCAGUCUCAUGAUACAAAGCAAACGUCUCAAACAUUUACAAAUUUUGAAAGCCAAAGACAAUUCGGUAGAGGAUCAUGAACUUGUUUCGUUGAAACACCUCCAUGGUUCUAAAUUGGUCUGUUGA